CCUUCCCCUCCCUUCGCCCCUCCCGGAGCUCUAUCGACCGAGCGGGGAAAGCGAACAGAGAGAACCGAACGCUGCUCAGCCGCUGCCCCAGCGCAGCCCCGGAGUAUGAGAGGGCAGCGGGGGGGUCCCGUCCUCGCUGCCCCCCCCGGUGGGACGGCGGCGGGGCUGUCGCGGGGAGGGGGGCACCGCAAUCCGGCGUGAAGAAGGCUGGGAGAUCACUCCAUCACUACUCCGUCCCUCCAUCCCGGCUCGGGGGAGGCAGACCUUGCCCCAGUUUUUGGGGUGAGGUGCUGAGAGAGUCGUGGAGGGGGCUGCGAGGAUCAUGCCGGGGAAGCUGCGCCUCGGCAUCGAUUUCUCCUCGCCCUCCAUGGAGCCUGGACUUUUUUUACGAUGACUUUCCCUGAGCUGAGCAAUGGCAGCUUGAGUGGGAACAGGACGGGACAGGGCAGCCAGAGCGGUGCCAACCAGUCCUGGGGGCUGCAAGGUGAGGAGUCCCCCGAAGGAAACGGCACCACGCUGACAUUCGCCUUGGACGUGCAGGCGGUCGGCGUCGGGGUCUUCUUGGCUGUCUUCAUCCUCUCAGCCAUCGUGGGCAACAUCCUUGUCAUCCUGUCAGUGGCUUGCAACCGGCACCUGCAGACAGUCACCAACUACUUCAUCGUUAACCUGGCCAUCGCCGACCUGCUGCUCAGCACCACCGUGCUGCCCUUUUCAGCCACCUUGGAGGUGUUGGGUUUUUGGGUGUUUGGCCGCAUCUUCUGUAACAUCUGGGCAGCGGUGGAUGUGCUGUGCUGCUCUGCCUCCAUCAUGAGCUUGUGCAUCAUCUCUGUGGACAGGUAUAUCGGCGUCAAGUAUUCCCUCAAGUAUCCCACCAUCAUGACAGAGAGGAAGGCUGGGGUCAUCCUGGUGGUGGUCUGGCUCUCCUCCAUGGUCAUCUCCAUUGGGCCGCUGCUGGGGUGGAAGGAGCCACCGCCACCGGAUGAGAGCAUCUGUAGCAUCACCGAGGAGCCAGGCUAUGCCCUGUUCUCAUCCCUUUUCUCCUUCUACCUCCCCCUGACCAUCAUCCUGGUGAUGUACUGCCGGGUGUAUGUUGUGGCCAGGAGGACAACCCGGAGCUUGGAGGCGGGGGUCAAGAAGGAGAGGAAUAAAUCCAUGGAGGUGGUACUGCGCAUCCACUGCCGCAGCGUGCUGGAGGAGCCUCUCUCCAGCACCCGGAGCAAAGGGCACAACUUCAGGAGCUCCCUCUCCGUGCGGCUCCUCAAGUUCUCCCGUGAGAAAAAAGCAGCCAAGACUCUUGCCAUUGUUGUGGGCGUUUUCAUCCUCUGUUGGUUCCCCUUCUUCUUCGUCCUGCCUUUUGGUUCUUUCUUCCCAUCUCUGAAGCCCUCAGAAAUGGUCUUCAAGGUCAUCUUCUGGCUGGGAUACUUCAACAGCUGCGUGAACCCUAUCAUCUACCCCUGCUCCAGCAAGGAGUUCAAGAGAGCAUUCAUCAGGCUGCUCAAGUGCCAAUGCCACCGCAGAAGACGGCCCAUCUGGCGUGUCUACGACCACCACUGGCGAGGGGCCUCGGUGAACAGCUCUGUGCAGGACUCUGAGACAGACCUGAGGCCCAGGAUUAGCACCCUGAACAGCUCCUUCAUAUUUAACUCCUCCUUGCAGGAGAGAGCUAGCAAGAGGCGAACACUCAGCUUCAAGGGCUGGAAAAUGCUCACUCCUUUCCAGAAACCAGCAUCCACCCAGCUGAAAGAGAAGAUGAACAGUCUUUCUAACAAAAUCCGGGGAGGGUCCAGCAAAGGAGGAGUGACAGCCACCUACAAGACAGAGGUGGAGUCUGUCUCUAUUGGAAUCCCUCAUGACUUUAUGGAAACCAUUGACUAUCAAACCUAUGAUUUAACAGACUGCUGUGGUCUGAGAGAAACGGAUAUUUGAAGCCACUGGGACAAAGUGUUGAUGGUUUCUUUAGUGGUAUCUUGCAGAAACACAAAGGGGUACCAUCUGUGGGUCUGUCAGGCAGAUUGGAAGCAGCAAUCAGGUAUAAAAUGCAGUUGUCCAAAGGUUUUGGAAGUAUCCUCCAAGGAGACAUUAAUCCCUUCUAUGGGAUUAUGGGUUCCUCAAAUAAGAGAGGAUGUAAUAUCCCAUUGUAAUGAGCUGUGGCAAGAAGAGAAAGUGUGGGGUGCAUCUGGCCUUCAGAAAAGGUCUGUUUCCUCCAAUGAGAUGUUUAUCUUGUACUUUGGAGGAAGCUGUCCAAUUAAGGGAGAACAAGAUGUCUCCUUUGCCUUAAAAACACCACUACUGGAAGGACUGAACCCUGAAAGGUGCCAACUCUGCCUUAGUACACAUGAUAACAUUUCCAUCCAGAGGUGGCAUCCAGAAUGGAUGUUGUAAGCAGGAGGUGGCAGCUGAUCCUUUAGACAACAGGCUGGGAGCUUGCAGGGCCAUGGGGCUCAACUGGAUCUCUGGUCCAGGCCUUUGCCUCAGUGAGCAAACAGCAGUAUUCUCAAGCAGGGCUGGGAGAUCUCGUCCCUCAGCCAUCAUGUUUGCAGUGCCCAGAGCUUUGCCACCACCACAUCACCUAAUUUUAGGACAGAGGAACAGUCCAGAUGUAUACACUGCUCCAAUGGGCAUGCAGGUCUUUCUUCUCUAAUUCCAACCUGUGAUACAUUUCUCAUUCCACUUUCCAGAGGAAAAAUGUGCAGCCCACUUUGUUCCAGCUGCUGUGACACAGAGAAAGCAACUUCUUUUGAUGUCAGCCAUCCCUAGUCUUUUUCUUUCCCUUUCUUAUUCUCACUUGCUGUUUCUGUCAAACAGCACUGAGUAAAAAUGCAUCUUAGGUGCUUUGCUUGUGUUCACACUCAACCAGACCUGUGGCUCAGAAGAGAUGUGGGGGGCUUGCUUCCAUUACUCAUAGAGCCAGAACUUAAAUGGAGCUGGCAUGCAGUGGGAGCUCCCUCACAUGGAUGUAUCUUCUCUCCAGUCAGGAUCAUACUGCGACACAAGGAAACAGUCAAAUUGCACCAGGAAGAUAGAAAUUGGAAACUAGGAAGGAUUUCUUCAUGGAGAUGAUGGUCAAGCACUGGAACAGGCUCUCCAGGGAAGUGGUGGAGUCCACAUCCCUGGAGGUAUUUAAGAGAUGUAUGGAUAUGGCACUAAGGGACAUAGCUCAGUGAUGGGACUCAGCGAGUCAGGUUGAUGGCAGGACUCUGUGAUCACGAUUGUCUUUUCCAACCCACAUGAUUCAAUUACUUUAUACUCAUGACUCCUUUCCGAGGCAGCUUUCCUUGUUCCUGACGCAUUAAAGCCUUAGCAGCACUUACCCUUGGUUAGUAUGGACAAAAGCUGUGUUAAUAAGGGUAUGGGGUUUUAAUUUUUCCCUACUUACAGUCUCACAGUUUCCUCAGGGAGGCACCAUGGUCUCCACCCAGGAGCUCAGGGAGGAUGGAGUUGGAACAGAGUAGCCCAGCCCCAAGCUCACAGACCCUGAACUGAAGAGCUCAAAAAACCUUGCUUGGUCAUGUGUUCUAGGCAUUGUCAUUAUCAAGUUUCAGGCUGUCAAAGGAGACAAAGAGCUCUCAGGCAUGGCAUGGAGAAUGCAACUUCCUUCCUACUGUUCCUCUGCUUUAAAAGAAAUCUAAACCCAUGCUGAGAGACGGCACCCAGAGUAGACCCUAUCUCAGCACCCAUAGAACCUUUCUGCCCUUUACUCAAUGCAAUGGACUCUGAACUGGAUGACUUACUGCAGAUUUUGACCAAAUAUUUUCCUCCCAGCCGUUAACCUCAUCAAGACAAAUGGGCAGCACCGCACUUACACUGAACCCAAAUGCAUUACUGCCUGCCUGUGAAAGUCUAGUUGAGGGAAAGAUGGGCAUUUGUCAUUAGAUGCUUUCUGAUGCUCAGGAGCAGAUCUGCCACAGUGCUGCUGCACAGCCUCUGUCGGAAUCCAGCCAGACACCCAUAGCACUGAGUAAUGUGUUCAUCUGUGACCAUACUGACACACAUGCACUCUUUAUUACUUCUAUAUAUGUGAUACAUAGAGAAGGGAAAGCAAGACUAGUCUGAGGUCUUUCUGUCUCUCAAUCCCAGUUUUACAGGAUAAAGGCUUACAGGAUAGAAAAGGAAGAUUAAAUCUGUUUAAGCACUCAUAUGCAUACACAUAUGGAUUCACAUACAACAAUGCCCAUGCUCUGGCCCAUUUACUUUUCCCCACUGCAGCUGUGGGUUUUUAAUCAGGCCCCAGAAGAUACUCUACAAGGUGCUGUAGGAAAAAAUCUUGAGCUCCACUACUCCACAUUAAGAGAAAACACUAAUUUCUCAUCUAAAGCCCUCCUCUCUUUUAGGAUAUUGCAUCAGAAGCAUUCAUACUGGGACUGGAUUCUGUACACCUUCAUUUAGGGGAGACUGGGUCUGCCUGUGCUCCAGGGGAAGGACAAUGUUGUAUGAAAUGUGACCUAAGUAUUUAAGGUUGUGCAUUUCCCUCUGAUUUCAUUAAACUCCAAGCUUGGAAAAACAAGCUCAAACUUCAGGAGGUAAAUUUUAUCUGAUCCCAUUGAUUUUUGUAGACCAACAAGGGGUGUGACCAGCUGAAGAUAAAACCCCAUUUCUCCACAUUUUCCAAGCAAGCCAUUCCCAAAGCACUCAACCCUUGGUUAUCCAAUAGCAAUCACCUCAUUGCACUGGCUUUGUGCCACUGUUGCAUCAUCAGAGCUUGCUGCUUCAAUGAGUCAAGUGUUGAGUAGUGAAGACUCUCACGAGUCCCAUCUGAGGAAGAAAGAAUGUCCCUGUCAGCCUGAGCUGGACAGCAGUUGGGUUGCAUUACUAUUGUUUACAGUGUGUAUAUAAGUGUACAUUUUCUUUAGCAGACAUUGGAAUUUUUUAUGUAUAGAUUUUUAUUUUUCAUUCCCAGACGUAUUUAUUAGCCGGAGUAUUUCUGUUUUGUGAUUCAAGUAAUGUUGGAUUGAUGUAAGCUCUAUGAAACAGAAUGCACAUAUUUUUGUUUAUUUGUACCAAAUACAUGCACAAACCUGUCUAAAACAUG